ACUCAAACCCGCUUCUCUCUCUCUCUCUCUCUGACCUUUUCUUUCUGCCCCUCAUCUUUUAUCUAUAUCAUAACAACAAGAGCCAUGGAAGAAGCAAUGAGGCAACUUAACGGUCUGACCUACUCGCCGGAACCUGACUCCAAGGACCUCAGCAGCACCGAACAACAAAAGAAAUGCAACAACAAAAGGUCCUUGAAGGAUGGUGGUGGCGGAGGUGGAACCAUGCGAUACCGAGGUGUUCGCAGACGUCCAUGGGGUCGAUAUGCUGCUGAGAUAAGAGACCCACAGUCCAAAGAAAGACGUUGGUUGGGUACAUUCGACACGGCCGAAGAGGCUGCCUGCGCCUACGACUGCGCUGCUCGUGCCAUGCGCGGUCUCAAGGCUCGAACUAACUUUGUCUACCCUAAUUCACCCCCUCACUCUUCCACUGGCCAUCUGCUCCCUCCGUUUGAUUUCUCAAGACCUUCGGCCCCGUCGACGAGGGACUUACCCACCAACAGAAACGUGGUGUGCUCUGAUUGGUCGUACUGGUCUAAUACUCGAGGAGUCGACGCUUCUGGGUUAUCUCAAAGAAACUCUUCUCCUAAUAUGCACUUCCUUCGUGACUUCCUUACAUCGUCUUCCGGUUCCUCUUGCUCGUCCGCUUCACAGUUGCAUGAUCCCUCAAUACCCUACUGCGGCUGUCCUCCUUCUGCUCCUUGUUCUUUCUUUUCUGCGACUAAUCCUCCCUUUUCUAGUGGUGUUGGCAGUGAUUUAAUCGAGUUGUCUUUGAAAGGUUCGUCUCCCGGUCUCCUCGCUGUUGAAGAUCGUCAGGAUUACACUUGGCCUGAGGCUGACACGAAAAAACCAACCGACGACAUGGAGUUCUUUCCCUCUGAGUCACCCGAUUCUGGGUUAUUACAGGAAAUUAUCAGCGGGUUUUUUCCAAAGCCCAACUCUACCGAAUCCCUCUCCUCGUCAAAGAUGUCGAAUUACAGUCGAGAGUCCUUAGUUGCUCCUGUGUCUGAAAUGAGCUUGGAUUCAUCCUUCGUUGAAAGGGAGAUUGAAAAUCAACAUUUAAGGCUAUAUUUAGAUUAUCAAAGACAAACCCAGCAGGUUGAGGUUCCUCAGGUUGGUCAGCAUUCGCAGCAGACGCCAUUCUACAAUGAAGCAUCAACAAACUUUCCUUUAAUGACUGAAGGGACGUUGGAAGAUAUUAUGCAAUAUCCAGAGCUUUUAGAUAUUUUUGCUGCUAAGUUGCAGCAGAAUGCUUGAUGUUGGAAGCGUUGGACUGUUUUCUUUUUUUCUCUCUCUCAAGGGUCAACUUGUAACAGCCUUGUUUCAUCGUAUCCAAGUCAACGGAACGGAUGAUAGAAAGCUAGAAACGAUGCCCUAUUUCUAAUUUGCAUGAAGUUGAGUCGUUUUCUUUUAUGUUUUCCGAUUGUAUCCUUGGGUGCAAUUCCUCUCUUUCCCCUUGUGUAGUUUUUGUUUCAAGUAAGGCCAUCUCUCAUGAUGUAGUCACG